CUUGUAAUUCGGCUCUGGAGUCUGUUUUCCCAAUUUGUCUUUCUUGUUUGUGGAGGCGUUCCUGUCUGGCUGUGUGUUCGGUAUUUCUUGGUAUAAGUACUCUCAGUAAUUGUCAUUCACACCCGGUAUCGGUUGUAACUACACCACCACGAUGCGCUUUCCGCAGGUAUCGUUCGUUCUCGCAGCAGGGUCUACUAUCGUACCAUACGUCAGUGCAUGGGGAGCCGUAGGUCAUGAAGUAGUCGCGACAGUCGCUCAGAUGCAUCUGCAUCCUUCAGUCAUGCCCAUACUAUGCGACAUCUUGAACUACAAAGGCGAUUGCCACCUCGCUCCGGUCUCUACCUGGGCAGACAAGAUACGCGGCCAAGCGAAGUAUAGGUGGACAGGCCCACUGCAUUAUAUCGGCGCAACGGAUGACUAUCCCAGCGAAACUUGCGCUUUCCCAGGAGAGAAAGGUUGGGAGGGUAGAAGGAAUAUCAACGUCCUUAGUGGCAUAAGGAACGUCACAGGUGUUCUGGAGGAUUACAUGGACCUGCGCAAAGCAGGCUUGACCACUACGAGUGAUGACGACGAAGCGCAAGUCGCCCUCAAGUUUCUCAUUCACUUCGUGGGGGAUAUGCACAUGCCGCUGCACCUCACUGGACGUGAUCGAGGAGGGAACGGAAUCAAGGUCUCAUUUGACCAUCGUGUAACAAACCUUCACUCUCUGUGGGAUGGCCUUCUGAUAGCCAAACGAAUCCGCACAAUCCCCUCCAACUAUACCCGCCCUCUUCCACUUCCCGAAGUCGAGAGUUACCUUCGGGGCACCAUUUAUGACCCUUACAUCCGUCGUAUCGUCUGGGAAGGCAUCAUGGGCAAGUAUGAAGAUGAGCUCGAAUCGUGGCUUACAUGUCCUACCGAACCCUCCGUGCAACCCGUACAAAGUUACUUGGAGCAAUGGGUAUCUUGGACGUUUGGGCGUCGCAUAGGGUCUUGGAUUUUGGGUUCGCGUCUCACAGAUGGAGGCUUAAACACCGAUGACGACACCUUGUGUCCCUACUAUUGGGCAACUCCCAUUCACGCUCUGAACUGCCAGAUCGUCUUCCCGGCGGCCUUGGAUAAACCGCCGUACAACCAUGUUUCCUUCUCUGGAACCAAUGAUCACGCCUGCAACUCAUCCAAUAAAGCUCACGAAGUCCACUGGCUUUCUGCACCGAGGAAGAACCCGUACCUCGAGCUGGACACGCCCGUGUAUUCCGGGGUUAUUGAGGAUGAAUGGAUUGUUGAAAAGCUGAUGUCUCAAGGUGGCAUUAGGCUUGCAGCUGUGUUGAAUUGGCUCUUCGCGGACGUGCAAGACUCCACUCUUUCAAAUAGAACGUAUACCCUGUAAUCGUGAAGCACACCUCGCACUUGUACAUAUAUGUAGAUCAUGGCUUCGUUAUAUAUCAAAGCCCGAGUUCGCACCGUACUCAGUCAUGCGUAAACAUAUUGCAUUGGCAAAAUAAACAUGAUUUGUGCAUAAGUACAUGACUAGUCAUAACGAUUGAGGAGACCGGAGUUGCAGUCAACCUAAAGCAUAAGAGUAAGUAAGGUGUUUGACAUAGCACU